AUGGGAAACCAGGUCUUCGGAAUGACCUCCUCUCAGGUGGUCGGCAGUGAAGAGUGUUUGCGCGAGCUCCAGAGUUGGCUAACCUUCGAGGAGGAGCUCUCUGGAUCCAGACUCUUCAAGGUAGCCAAAGCACGGUGCCUUGUCGGCAAACGCCCAUCCCGUAAAAUCGUGAAAAUCUUCGCCUACACCAAAGCCACUUUCUCCAUCGAGACCAUUCGACAAACGGUGAUGCCUUUCAGUCGGCGCAUCGACGGCGCCGUCAAUCUGCUUCCAUUGAAUACGUGCGUUGAUUUGCUUUGCUUUGCUUCCCUCGCCUUUCCCCCCUCCUCCCACCGUCCAUUUAUGCUGUGUGCUCUUUGUCGUAGGAACUACAUUACGGACAGGUAUGCCUUCAUCAUCCGUGACUUUGUUGACCAGUCGCUGACUGAGCGCCUCUGCACCCGCCCUUUCUUGAGCCACGACGAGAAGCGUUGGAUAGCGUUUCAGCUGCUCUCUGCCGUCGACCAGCUUCACUCUUCCUCUUCCUCCACUAACAACUCUCAGCCCCUGUGCCACGGUGACAUCAAGUCGGAGAACGUGCUGCUCACGGCCUGGGGCUGGCUCUUUCUCGCCGACCCGGCACCCUUCAAGCCCGUCCAACUUCCCGCCGACAACCCAAGUGAGUUCACCUACUUCUUCGACAGCUCGCGACGUCGUGCCUGCUACCUGGCCCCCGAGCGAUUCACCGAUCCCGUUCAAGCCGGCGGCAUCGGCUGCGAGGGCUUCGGUUCGGCUCCGGGUUUUCUCCAUCUCGGAGGAGACGACGAGCAGGCUGACUGGGCCCCAGAGGAGGAGGAACACGUGUCCUUCGGUGAGAUCGCUGACGAGACCCUCAAGGCAGAGGAUGACGAUGAAGGGGAAGUUGGGGUGUUUGUGCCCACCCCGACCGCCUCCAUCGCCGAAAGGCGCCAAACGGGGAAGUCGGAAGACCUAGACCUCCCUCUUGGACGGCUCAGGCUAGUGGUGUCUGGUUCGUGUCUAAGGUCCACCACUGCCUCCUCCUCCUCCUCAUCGCCACUUUUGGAAGCCAUCGGAGACUCUCCGGAGGGAGAAAUCGAGGCUAGCCGCAGCGAACGCCACCUGCGACCGUCGAUGGACCUCUUUUCUGUUGGGUGCGUGCUGCUGGAGAUGUUCACUGACGGACUGGUGGCGUUUACGCUGUCCGACCUCCUGUCCUACCGACGCCACCAAAACUGUCGCCUCAUGAAGCUGCUCUCAUCGGUUGCGGAUCCGGCUGCUCGUGCGCUGAUAACGGACCUCGUGUCGCUACAUCCAGAGGGACGUGGGACUGCCGCUCAUCACCUGUCGGCACAGCGCGGUGGCCUCUUUCCCGAAUUCUUCUUCACCACCCUGCAGCCGUUCAUGCAGUGCUUCCUGGAUCCUUGCAUGGCCUGUGCCGAUGCGCGACUCCGUUGCAUUCGAGCCAACCUCCCGGGCCUCCUUUCGCGUCUUCUCACCGAGCCGCCUGAGGCCAAGUCGGCCGCGUCGAUUGUGCUCUGCAACCUGAUCACCUCGUCACUGCGUCACAACGCGGCCCCCGCGCCCAACACGUCGGACUGCCCUGCAACAGCGCUGCCCUUCUCCCAGCCUAGCAAGGCAGCUGUCGGCGGCGCCCUCACAAUCCCCGCUAGAGCCCCCUCCGAGGGGGCGAAGGUCGAUGCCAUUUUGUGCCUGCUGCUCCUCGCUGAGCGCCUCCCAUCACUGCGUCUGUUCGAUCGCCUUUGGCCGCAUUUCGUCGAGCUCACAGAUUCCAGGCAUCACAGUUCUGAGGUGCGACGUCUGGCGUUGGAGGCGCUAGUACAGACGUUGGAUCGUGUGACGAGCAUGCUCUCCUCCAAGGCCGCGUCGCCUCCACCCGUGGCGGAGAGCGAGACGACGUACGUGUCGGUGGUGCACGACAUCCGUUUUAUCAACGAAUUCCUCCUUCCCUGCCUCGCGCCGUUGGCCGCCGAUCACGACGUCGAGGUGCGGAUCGCCAUGGCGCAGUGCCUACCGCGCUUCGCCGACAUCUGCUCGGGGCUUCUAGAGUUUGCGAGGUUGCGCCUGAUGAAGGAGGAGGCAGAGGGAGAUGACGCCAGUGUUGAUCAGGUCUUCCCACUGCCUGACGUUGGCACGGCUCUGCGCCUCGUGGGCAAGUCGGUGCCCACCCGCGGAAUCGACGCGGCCUUGAAGAACGCCAAGGCGCAGUUGAAGGACCGCCUCGUAACUCUCUUCUCGGACACCGACAACUGUGUCCGACGUGCCCUCAUGGAAAUCAACGUGUUGGCCAAGUUGGCCACGUUCUUCGGCCCCUCGCAGUCCAACGACAUCAUCCUCUCGCACAUGAUCACCUUUCUCAAUGACAAGAACGACCCGAAUCUGCGCUCGGCAUUCUUCAACCAGAUUGGUCCCCUGACUGGCAUCUUUGGGGCACAGUCGGUGACGGUCCUGCGUCCCCUCCUCGAACAGGGUCUCUCCGACCCGAACGAGACGGUCCUCGACGCCUGCCUGCGUGCCCUCGGUCACCUUCAACGCCGCGGCCUCCUCUCCGGACCCGCCUCAAUCGCCUUCCUCCGCCGUGCUCUCGCCCUCACCGCCCAUCCCUCCGCGCACAUCCGGCAGGUCAGUGCCGCUGUCACCCACUCUACACUCUGGGGGUGGUUCCGAUCUUUAAACCACGUGGUUAACAUCUCCUCUCUGUUGAAGGCUAACCCGACUCUUUCCGGAACACUGUGUGUGGGUGUCGCUGACCCUGCCUGCAUCGCCUACGUGACGGCCUUUGCGCGAGUGUGCACGGACGCCUCCUCCAACCCCACCUUCGGUCCGCUCGACGAUCGAUCAAUCGAAACAGCGAGUAGCCUGCACAACCCUCUCGCCAGCAGUGUCUCGGAUUUGGCCAAGUUCGCGGCUGGAAAAUGCGGCCUCGCCAGCCUUUAUGCCCACCUCGCCACGGACGAGGUCAACAAAAGGAUUUUCGCCCUCCACCCGCCCCUUCGCCACGCCGUGCUGGAAGGCGUCGCUACUGCCUGCUUCGAUGUCACUGCAGCCUGCCACAGUGACGGCACCUCCGCGCACACAGUUGCGGCCGCGCGCGAGCUCUGCGAGGCGUUUGUGGAGCAUCUGAAGGAACGCCAGGUGGUCAGGUCGGUCACCAGGGCAGACGAGACGCCUUGGUACCCUGUGCCCGCGAAUGAUUUGGUGACAGAGGUGUUGAACCACCCGCGGUUGCGAGAGUUAACUGCCCGCGCGGAAGACCAGCUGCUCCAAUUAUCCCCCUUGCUGAUUAGCCUGUGCCAGAACGUGCGCGACCCCUCGGAGGUGUUGUUUGCAGGCGGCAGUGCCAGGACCCCCAACCACCCCCGCCUCCUGCUCUCGGUCGUCGCCGCCGCCGCCGCGUCGGAUGGCGGUGCCUCGGACACGGAUUCGCCCACUCUGCGGGCGCGGUGGCGACCUCUGUGCGCUCACGACGGCGUCCGCAUGCGUCGUCUUCAGCCCUUCAACUCACCCGGUGCGAAGCUUCGAUGUCUCACCCCCCCUCUCCCCAUAAAAAUAACUCCAGUGCCAGGCUCCCUGCCCGAAGAACCCACUCUCCAAGAGGCAGAGACGAAGUCCUCCGACCGCGACACGUCCCGAUUCGCCCUAGCACCGAUGAAACAGGAGUUGUCCUUCGUGGAGAUAUUGUCUCAGCGCAUGAACGAGGGCCGUUUCCCGCUGCCGACUGUGCCACCUCCCGACGUGGUUUUCGCGCGCGGCCUCACCAUCGCCACCCCGCCAGAUGCAGCUGAGAAUGGCGUCGACGGCGGAUACGUCAAUUUGCGCGUCUCGACUGGCAGCACUCAUCAUCACCACCACCACGCCUCGUCCAGCAUCACUCCGCCCCUCCUGCGCGAACACACAGACAUUCCAGCCUGGGCCCUGGGCCACACCAAUCGCAUCACCCUUGUUGCUCAUUUACAUGAGCAUGUCGCGGGACACUUGAGCCUCGCUUCUCAUCCGUCGAAACAGCUCCUCGCCUCCUGCAGCAGCGGUGAUGGCCAGGUAAAGUUUUGGGAUUGUGGCCGCGGCACGCAGGCCAACUCCGGCCACAACAACAACAACGCUCGGGAUGCUGAGAGCACUGAUGACAGCGAUGAUGGAGACCGGGAGGAGGAGGAGGAGGUUGAAGAUGUUUCCAUGAGCGCUGCGCUUGGGGGACAGUUUCUACCCUCGCGGUCCCUCUCCACCUACUCGGUUAGCCAACAGCACGACUCUGCCGAUGGCAAGCCUAGUUGUCGGUACCUGGUAUGGACGGACGCUGGAAGCAGCGUGGCGACGUUGGCGAAUCGAUCGGCGAUCCACCUGGUGGACGACUCGGUGAGUUGUUUGCGCUGCCUCAUUCCCGUGCAGACGGCGCAUCACGGAUUAGCCACGUACUUGGCGGGUCCUGCGACAGCCUUUUGCGGCGGCGUGCCCACUCCCUCGUACGCCCUGAGCGGCACCGACCAGAACCUCAUCGUCUACUCCACCACCAACGACAACAUCGUCGGGCAGGACGUGCGUGCCAAGCAGCCGGUGUGGGUCGUGAAGCAGAAUCGCGAGCACGGUCUCAUUCGGUGCCUUGUCGUGCACAGCGGUCACACGUGGCUCGCUGCGGGCACGAGUCACGGCCACGUCGUCAACUGGGAUCUCCGCUACCAGCGCGAGAUUUCGCACUUCCAGCUGCCUUACGGCAACUGCGUCUCCAUCACCGGGCUUAAACUCUACGAGUCGCAGCGCAACUCUUCCACCUCUACUCUGAUUCUGGUGGCCACCGAUCAUCACAACGAGGUCGCCAUCUUUGAUCUCGAGGCCUCCAACGCGCGCUCGCCGACGACCACGCGUGUGGCCUCCACAUGGGCCCAGUCGACGUCUAGACCCCUCGUUCUGGACAACAGGUCGCUUCCCUUUCGCUCGGUGCACAGUCUCCUCGUGUUCCCCCCGGUGGCUGCCAACUCCCUCACGGUGGGUCGGCACGCCAAGUUCUCUUCCUCCAGCGUCCAGCUGCCGAGUAUCGUCGCUGGCGGCAGCGACGCUCGUCUGCGCUGCUGGACGAUGUCGCGUCCCGAUGCCUCGUCGGUCCUCGCGUGGGCGGGACGCGAAGAGGCCUGCCAGCCAUUGGUCUCCUUCAAGGAGAAACUGAUUGACGGUGUGCGUGUGGCUGUGGAGGUGGAAAACCAGCCCCAGGCAGCAACAUCAGCAGUUGGCCCCCCCGCACCCUUUGGGAACCCCUCCCUGUCACGUGGAUCGAGAGGGCGAGACAGAAGUAGCUGGCUCAACCCCACACCCGUGUGUCCCCUUGAGAUGGGCGAGGUCACUAGAGGACACACCAACGCCAUCAGCGACUUGGCGAUGGUCCUCCACGCCGGCCGCCCCUUCCUCGCCUCCGCCGCCAUGAACGGCGUCAUCAAAUUCUGGAAGUGA